AUGCGCACCUCACAAGUCCUUUUAUGGUUCGGGCUGGCUUUCCUCCACCAAAGCGUAGAGGGGCUACCGGCUACUUUUUCCAUCAAUCUUUCACGGGAUGUUCACAAGCCAGGAACCGAAGCUGCCGGCUAUCAUCAACAUCCCAGGGCAGAAGUCAAGCUUGGUCGCGACCUUGGACGUCGUGCACCUCCAAAGAAAGGAGGCGGUACACCUCCAAAAGCCCCUGUCGUCGUUCCUGUACCUCAAACCCCCGCGGGCAAGGGAAAUGCUAGACCAAACACUCCCGGUGCUCCAGACAAAGACAAAGAUGGAAAGGGCAAGGGUGGCCCUCCCAGCCCACCUCCUGGCAAAGACACCGAUCCUGUGACACCAGCUCCUUCCAAGAAGGGCAAAGACAGGGUUUAUAAAUUGGGAAAAUGUGGUUCAGAGGAUCCGGGAGUUGAAAUCAAGAAUGUGGAUAGUAAGGGUACUUCUCCCUCAAGGAAACCCAAAACGCCGAAGCCUCCGAAAACACCCAAAGCACCAAAGCUUAAGAACAGACCUGACAAUGACGGCGGCGACGACGACGUCAAACCGCGUGUCUCGGGUAAAAAGCAUAUGCAAGUGUGUGGAACCAAAGUGGAUAUGGACUUUCCGGACUAUCCCAGUAGUGGCGACGCAAUCGAACAAGAUGGAGAUUAUUGGGGAAAAAGCCUUGUUGCCUAUAAUGCAGUUAAACCCGACCCUUGUCUUAAUGACUAUACAUUUGGGAAGAUGAAAUACCCUAAGAAAAAAUCUGAAAAUAUUCAUACGCCAGAAAAGCCGGUCGGGAAAGGUGGCAAGCAGCACACCAAAGACAUUUGGCAGACCGAACAUGUUAUGGAUGCACAGAUCAUGAAGAAAUUUUUUCAGGACAUGUUCCAGGAGAGGGAUGCCGUGAUCAAGAGGGACGACAUCCCCGUGUCAUGGAUCUCCAGCCUCAAGGGAAAGGCUGCAGCGCAAGACCAAUGCAGUUAUCUUGAACAAUUUUGGACCAAGAGAUGGCCCAGCAGAAAGAAAAACGCAAUGGCCAACCUGCUCGCAGUGUUCCCAGGUAAAGAGCGUCAUGAAGGAGAAAUGCUACUUCUCCCUGGACGUUUGAAUAACAAGAAAGCCUCGCUUUUCAGCGUCAAAGAGUAUAACGUCGUCUCACCAGUCGACUUCCCUAAUUAUUCACUACACCGAAAAAUAGAUGAACUACGAGAAAUCAUUUUGCUCAUCGAGUACCUGAACACCCCAGACGUCGCAAAGUAUUUCAAAGCCCUCUCGGUGCGCAUUCGAGACAAACUCGCCAAGAUUGAUGCAGAUGGCAGCGAUGCGUUCAUGAGGGACACAGACGACUGGUGGUUCAAGCAGAAGAACGACCCAACCCUGAAAGAUGCUCUUGGCGAGAAAUACAAAUCCGUCAAGUUAGCCACUAGAUGGUCAACUUGGAUCAACAACUUCGUCACAGAGCGCACUAGGGCCAUGCAAUAUCUCUUGAUCGAGCUUUUUCAUGUUCUUGACACAGACUGGGAAGACGCAAAAACAUAUGUGGAGCUGCAGAGCGGAAAAGGGAAGACCUUCAAGGACGACUUCGAGAUUCGCAUGAAGGCGCUGAGGACGAAUGUCAAGAAGGCUGUCAAGGUGCAAGCUUACGUCAUUGGAUCGAUUUCGUCACCAAACACGCCCGACGUCAGCGAUUCUGAGCCCAUUCCAGAAGACGAUGGGAACUCGGAUUCUGAUGCGCCGCCUGAAACUCCCACGAGACCCAGGCCGGCUCCGGGUCAGGGUCAGCCAAUUAAUCUUCCUCACCGUCCGGCGCCGCCAUCAGUAGCAGGACCGUCGACACCUGUGCCCAAGAGCAGGAGGCUUUGA